ACGACAUCAUCUUCCGCACGUCAGUUCGUUGUUCGUCGAGCGUUCUGGCAGGGGCGAAAAGUGACAAAAAAUGGCCGAUCCAAAUCAAAACAUUAUUUGCGCUCCGGACGAUUGUGCGAUAAAAAUAAGCAAAUGGAAGGUGCGCGAAGGCUAUCCGGUGACCAGCGGCAGCAUCAUACUGUUCUACGAGCAGCUGGACGGAAGCGACAAGGAAGUGAAGCGGCUAAAGGCCACACAGGGUGGCGUCGUAAAGAAGCGCCUAGCCCGGGAAGGCGCAACCGUGGCGAAAGGAAAGCCGGUACUCGAGCUUGGCCAGUGCAGCCACACCACGGUAAUAAAGGAUAUGUGUGCCGAUUGUGGGGCGGAUCUGCGUCAGGAUGAGCCGAGCAGCUGCUCCAAGGCUUCCGUACCGAUGAUACACUCGGUGCCGGAGCUGAAAGUGACGGAAACGUUGGCCAAAAAGUUGGGCCAAGCCGACACGGAAAGGCUUUUGAGCGAUCGGAAGCUGGUGUUGCUGGUCGAUCUGGAUCAAACGCUCAUUCACACCACGAACGAUAAUGUGCCAAACAACUUGAAGGACGUGUAUCACUUUCAGCUGUACGGCCCCAAUUCCCCCUGGUACCACACGAGGCUUCGGCCGGGUGCGCUAGAGUUUCUGGCCAAAAUGCACCCCUACUACGAGCUGCACAUAUGUACCUUCGGAGCGCGCAACUACGCUCACAUGAUCGCACAAUUUCUGGACAAGGAUGGCAACUUUUUCUCGCACCGCAUCCUAUCCCGGGACGAGUGUUUCAACGCGACGAGCAAAACGGACAAUCUGAAAGCGUUGUUUCCGUGCGGCGACUCGAUGGUGUGCAUUAUCGACGACCGGGAGGAUGUGUGGAAUAUGGCGUCGAACCUGAUACAGGUUAAACCGUACCAUUUCUUUCAACACACCGGCGACAUUAACGCACCGCCUGGCAUGUCCAAGAACGAGCUCGACGGUAAAGGUGUAGACUUUAAGGAACUCAUGAACCAGUCCCUCAAAGAGAAGAAGGCAAAAGACGCGGGUGAUGAGGAUCGUCCACCGACGCCGAAAAUACAAACGCAGGACGGUGGUGGUAAGCAGCAGUGUGAGAAAAGCAUGCCCGAGCAUGUGCUGGACGAUAAGGAGGAGGACGAGCCGACGAUAGUGGAGCCGGCCAAAAAGGAGGAAGACAGCAAAGCAGAUGAAACGCCACCAGAGGCUGAAAAGGUGGAAACUUCUACCACAAUUAGUAGGGAAGAUAGUGGUACUAGCGAGGAUGAUAAAGCAGAAACUGUAAAGCUCACUGUAAAGGAAACAAACGCAACGUUGUCGGAAGAAAAGGAUGCAAGCGACCCGGAGCAGAAAGUUGAAGAGAGUACUGAACCUGCGCCCGCGGAGGAAGCGAAAGAGCUUCCGACAAGGGACGAAGCAAAAGUUACUGCAACAGAAACCGAUAAGCAAGAGGAUCAACCGCCCGGUGACAGUGAUCGCACGUUGGAAGAUUCUGCCAAAGAAGAGGACAAACCUGCCCCGAAUUCCAAGCAAGAGAAAGAUUUAAUCGUGGUCGAAGACCCGGACGACUACCUGCUCUAUCUCGAGCACAUUCUGCUCAAGAUUCACAAAACAUUCUACGAACAGUACGACAAAACGCAAACAAUUUCCGACCUGAAGCAGCUAAUACCGACGGUAAAGGCUCGCGUGCUGGUGGGGACGCGGCUUUGCUUUUCCGGCCUCAUACCGAACAAUGUGAAGCUGGAGCAAAGCAAGGCGUUCCUGAUCGCGCGGAGCUUGGGUGCGGUCGUGACGCAAAAUCUGGAACCCACCACCACGCACCUAGUUGCGGUCACUAUCGGUACCUCCAAAGUGAACAAUGCGCGGAAAAAUGCAAAAAUAAAAAUCGUCACACCCGAGUGGCUGUGGUCGUGUGCGGAACGGUGGGAGCACGUGGAAGAGCUACUGUACCCGCUGAAAGCGUCCAAUCCGGCCAAAAUGCGACAACCUCCACCCCACUGUCACAGCCCUGAGCACGCUGUCAACUAUGGAGGCAUGGCAAAAUCACGGGAAGAACCGAAGUUUAUGGACACGGUAAAUCCGCUGCUAAGCUUCUCGAACGACGAUCUAGACGCAAUGAACAACGAUUUCGACGACUUUUUCGAAUCGGACGAUAGCAGCAGCGACGACGAACCGGUCGACAUUGAAAAUCCCCCAAUGGAGAAAGCACUGCGCAAGCGGAAGCGCGUCGAGGAGAUCGAAACCAAUCGGGGGCGGCACAACAUUUUCCGCAAGCGCACCGAAGAAGAGGAACAGCAGAAGGAGGAAAACAGACGCAUCCUGAAGUACGACAACAAUGCGGAAAACAAUGACGAAAACAGUCAAACGAAUGCGUCGUCGGAGGAUGAGGACGAGAGUCCGAGUGCAAAGUUUCGGCGUGGCGGAGAUUUACCGUCCGAUCUGGACAUGGGAUCGAACAGCGAGGGCAGCGAAGAACCGAUCGACGAUGUGGACGAUGGCGAUUGGAAUAUGAUGGGAGCGGCACUGGAAAGGGAAUUUCUCGGGUUAGAUGAUUGAAUUGUGGGGAAAGUCGAGAGCACUAAUUGCAGUAAAAUUAAUACAAAUGAAUUCGGUCUGAAGUCCUCUAA